AUGAGGAUUUCUGGAAACUCGCAUCACUUGAAGAAGACCUCGUUGUGGGAGAAUGAUAACCAGACCGAUCCGGAGGCUGAGCUUACAACUGCAGAUAUUGUGGCCAAAGCUACUGCUACAUUUCGAGCUACUCUCGGAGUAAAUAACCCGGAAGGCAUUUGGAGUGCAUUGGGAUUACAUAUCCAGAAGCAGCUUGUGCGGCACAAUGCAGUCAGUAUCACUGACUUCGGUGCGUUUGGCUUUAACCAGAGUGAUGAACCAGUGUUCGUGCCGGACCCAGUGUUUCUCCAUAUGACGCGACUGUGCUUAGCAUCUCGGAAACGUGGCGAUCAAGUACAACCAGCUUUAUCAGAAGAUGAGAACGUUGCAAGUAUCGAAAUACAUGAAGUUGCUGCUGAGUAUCUGCAAAACUGCAGCAAAGACUUGGUGAAAUCGGUAAUCACUAGUGUUCUGGCUUGGGUGAUUGCGUGGGCGAAAGACGGUCAGGAGUUGAGACUAAGCUUUCACCCAGUUGGUGAAUGGAUUUGUGAUGGUAACAGUGUGGAUUUCAAAUUCUCGGAAUAUUUUCUUAAGAAAUUAGAACUCAUCAAGUUAAAGGGAGACAGAGCAAAGAACCCAGAGUCCUCGAGCGAUGGCAACCACUGUGACAACCAGCUUGAGGAUCAGUAUCACGUAGAUGAUGAUCCCUAUGACGUUCACUCAAUUGUAUCAGGUGCCACGAAGAUGAGUUCUAGCUCUAAACGUCUAAAAGGACAGCGCGCAGUGGAUAUCUCUCCAUCCUCUGUAAAGGAAGCAACAAUAAGAAAUGCUGCUCCUGUUACUCGUUCUCGAUCAAAACUAUGGAAACCAACGCUCUCAUCGAUAGCCAAGCAGUUACCGCCUCAUGGACAGCGUCGCACCCGUACUGAAGCAUCGGCGAAGGGGACAAGCAGCAACAAGCGAAGAACAAGUUCGAACCAAAAAUCUGCAGCUAAUCGAAGCCGGUCUGUAUCAUCGAAAAUUGAUCCAACCGACAUCGAAGCUGCUGCGAAAGAAAUAGUCGAUGCUGUGAAAAACUCUCGCCCCACGACAGCAUCCAGCACUCGAACUUGUAGAACCAAUCAGAGUGCUAAGACUGCUUCGCAGCCUACAACACAGCAAUUGGAGACUAUUGAUCGAUUACGCAAGAGACUCCGAAGAACCAAGGCAGUGCAGGGACUCAACGCGAUAGUUGCAGUCUUGAAUCCUAUCAAGACGAGCGCCGUAUCGUCCACUGAACUCAGUUUAUCACUACGAAAACUAGGUGUCAAAAUCUCAUCAGCCGAGCUCAAGGAGAUCGCGACAUCUUUUGCUCACGAGAAACGAGGGUAUAUAGACACUCGCAAACUUCUCGAUGCUCUUCGAGGGCCACCGUUGAGUGGCGAAAGACUUGAUCUAGUGACAAGAAUUUUCCGUCAACUGGAUCCAGAAUGGUCAGGGUCGGUGCACAUUGACAAUUUGGUCAAACAUUAUGAAGUGGGGUUUCUGCCACAAGUUCGAGACGGGAAGCAAAGUAGACUGGAAGCUCUCACAGAAUUUCUUCAAGAAUGGGCCUGCAUCACUGUUGCUACCGACAACAUAUCGUUCGAAACGUUUGCCGAGUACUAUCAUAAUGUAAGCGCCUGUAUCGAUAGUGAUGCUGACUUCGCGCAGUUAAUACACCAAACCUGGCAUAUACCCCAAGAUCAAAACCAAAACCACGAUAAUCAUUCAUGUUCGGGAAGCAGCAACAACGUAGCAACUUCGACCUCCGCUGUGGCGUCGGGUGAUUUUUCAGCUCCUCCGUUGGAUGAGAAUAUAUUGUCUGAUACAGAGGGGAUGAUGAUGCAUUCAGAAACAACAACUUCUCCAGGCGAGGUGUGGUCGUAUCUCCGCACCUUGUUACUAUUCCCGCAAAACUUCGAAGAUGGGGCCAGAAGAUUGCCAACUCUGGAUAAUAUGUGUCGCCGACUAGGUGCAAAUCGCGUUUUGGGUGACGGUAACGAGAGGAUGAACAUCAAAGCUUUUGCUCAUGCGCUGGUUUUGCUGGACAAACGGUUGCCAUACAAGAAAGCAUACGAUCUGGGGCGCUAUGUGGCUGCACAUUGUUGCAAAGAACUUGGCGAUAGUGAAACCAUAGUGCUUCAGUCACUGUACGAUCAGAUUAUGACUAACCCGAACGAAAAAACGGCCAAAGAACUAGCAAUGGAUUCCAACUACGUCGAGUACUACGCCUCAAGAGCUAUCCACAGGAUUCGUGCACGCGUGAAAGAGCUUCGUACCAGCGAUAACGCAACUGACAGUUCUUCACUCGUGGAUCUGACAACUUUAGAGAAAUGGUUACAGGCAUCGAGUUCCAAUGGGGAAUCCCUUCUGUUGAAGUACGAAUUGAGAAGCGCUCUGCUAAAAGUCGGCAUCGACAUCACCUAUCACGAUCUGGAUUACCUCUUCGCCUACUUUGACGUUGAUCGCCAAGGUUUCAUCAACUACGAAACGUUUUUGGAUGCACUCCGUAAUCCCUCGCGUGUUCUACCAAAACUUACCAAGCAGAAGGAAAAGCAAGUGAUGAUACCAGAACGAGCUUGCGAGAAUACUACUAACGUCCAGCCAUCAAAUAGUUUGAUCUCGACAGUAUCAGCUCCGCCUGCUCGACGUAGAAAACAGCUCACACCUCGAGAGCCGCAGCCCAACUACCGUCGCCGAAACGUGAUCUAUCGAACGAUCUAUGACCAAAACGCAAGACCGAUUUUCACCGACUUAUCACUGAACCUCAAUUUCCUCGGAAUCGAGCGACGACGUCGCUGUCAUGCUGCACAAUUGAUACAAACGGUAUUUCGAGGAUUUCGCGCUCGCCAGAUCGUAUCCCAACUUCGUCGUAAAGUGGCCGCCAGGAAUUGUCGCUUCAAUACUUUGGCUCAGGAACAGCAACAAUGGCUUGCCAACAAGAAGAUCCACCGAACUGCUCUACCGACCGCGUAUGGUUUCUAG